ACUGAUAAUACUAGAAACAUUGGAAACGCACAAAACGGCGGUAAAUAAACCGAAGAUGUUUUGAUGUAGUCGCCAAGCUUAAAAGGGUGUUUGAUGUGGAUAUAUAUUUUAUUUUGGUGUCAAUUAAAAAAUUUAAUUUAAAAACUGAGUUUAAAACCUAUCGGGUUUUUCUACUUUUUGCAUAUUGAUUUUGCAUUUGCAAUUGUUGAGUGGUGAUACUUGCAGCUGUGGCACCAUGACUUCCAUCAUCAAACUGCAUACCAUCUCCGGUGCUAUGGAUGAGUCCCCUCCGUGCUACAUACUCCAGGUGGACGACUUCCGUAUACUGCUGGACUGUGGCUGGGAUGAAAAGUUUGAUCAGGAGUUCAUGAAGGAGCUACGCAGACACGUGCAUCAAAUAGACGUGGUGUUGCUGUCAUACCCAGACCCAUUGCACCUGGGGGCUCUGCCCUACCUCGUGGGGAAGUGCGGGCUCAACUGUCCCAUCUACGCCACCAUACCAGUCUACAAGAUGGGUCAGAUGUUCAUGUACGAUUUGUACCAGUCUCGACAUAACAUGGAGGAUUUUGACCUGUUCACGUUGGAUGAUGUUGAUGCAGCAUUUGACAAGAUCACGCAACUGAAAUACAACCAGAGCGUGCCCAUGAAAGGCAAGGGCUUUGGGCUGACCAUCAACCCGCUCCCGGCAGGCCACAUGAUCGGUGGCACCAUCUGGAAGAUAGUGAAGGUUGGGGAGGAGGACAUAAUCUACGCCAUGGACUUCAACCACAAGAAGGAGCGCCACCUCAAUGGCUGCGAGCUGGAGAAGGUGCAGCGCCCCUCGCUGCUCAUCACGGACACGUUCAACGCCACGUACCAGCAGGCGCGCCGCAGGACUCGUGACGAGAAGCUCAUGACCAACAUCCUGCAGACGCUGCGUGGCAACGGCAGCGUGCUGAUCGCGGUGGACACGGCGGGCCGCGUGCUGGAGCUCGCGCACAUGCUGGACCAGCUGUGGCGCAACAAGGACUCGGGGCUGCUGGCCUACUCGCUGGCCCUCCUCAACAACGUCAGCUACAACGUGGUCGAGUUCGCCAAGAGCCAGAUAGAGUGGAUGAGUGACAAGCUGAUGCGGACAUUCGAAGGUGCUCGCAACAAUCCAUUCCAGUUCAAGCACUUGCAGCUGUGCCACAGUAUCCAGGAGUUGAACAAGGUGCCUAGCCCCAAGGUUGUGUUGGCCAGCUCGCCUGACAUGGAGUGUGGCUUCUCGCGAGACUUGUUCUUGCAGUGGUGCACCAACCCUCUCAACAGCAUCAUCAUCACCAACAGGACGUCUCCAGGGACUCUGGCGCGCCUCCUGAUUGAAGAGGGGGGCAACCGCACCCUCACCAUAGAGGUGAAGAGGCGGGUCAGGUUGGAAGGGGCCGAAUUGGAGGAAUACCAAAAUCGAGAACGUGAGAACAAGGAGACUCGUCAAGAAAACAUGGACAUCGGUGCGCUGAGCAGCGAGAGCGAGGACGAGAUGGACCUCAGUGCCGUGGCCAAGGGCAAGCACGACCUGCUGGUCAAGACAGAGUCCAAGGCACAAACAGGCUUCUUCAAGAGCAACAAGAAGCAACACCCCAUGUUCCCGUUCUUUGAGGAGAAGAUCAAGUUCGAUGAAUAUGGAGAGAUCAUAAGGCCUGAAGACUACAAGAUAGUGGAUGCGACAGUGGAGGUAGAAGACAACAAAGAGAACGUCGAAGUGAAGGAGGAGGAAGUACCAGACAUGACGGAGGUGCCAACCAAGUGCAUAUCCACGACGCGCACGGUGCGUGUGGCGGCCCAGGUCCAGUUCAUCGACUUUGAGGGCCGCUCGGACGGGGAGAGCGUGCAGAAGAUCCUGGGCCAGCUGCGUCCCAGGAGGCUCAUCCUGGUGCGGGGCUCCGCGGAGAGCACCGAGGCGCUCGUCAACCACUGCCGUCAGUGGGGCACGGGCCGGGUCUUCGCCCCGUCCAAGGGAGAAGUCGUCGACGCCACAACAGAAACACACAUAUACCAGGUGCGGCUGACGGACGCCCUGGUGUCGUCGCUGGACCUGAAGAAGGGGAAGGAGGCGGAGCUGGCGUGGCUCGACGCGCAGAUCACGUCUCGGGAGACCAGGAGGGAUGCCCGCCCCAGUGUGGAUGAGGACAUGGACACUUCUGUGAAUGAAGAGGACCAAAUUUACACUCUGGAGCCACUGCCGGUGAACCAGCUGCCCACCCACCAGACGGUCUUCAUCAACGAGUUGAAGCUCUCCGACUUCAAGCAGGUGCUCACCAGGAGCAACAUCUCGUCGGAGUUCUCCGGGGGCGUGCUCUGGUGCUGCAACGGCACCGUUGCUGUCCGCAGGCACGAGGCAGGGAAGGUAACGCUCGAAGGCUGUGUGUCUGACGACUACUACAAGGUGCGGGAACUCCUGUACGAGCAGUAUGCCAUCGUUUGAGACGGCUGCGUUUGCACAGCGAGGGUGCAUGCCCUCGUAGCUACAACCCAUUCCAGGAGACUGCUCAAGGCCCUAGAGACGAGCAAACUGCUGAUGUGAUACAGUAUUGGUUGUGAAUGGAACUGUGCUGGUGGCCAUAUUUAUGGAUUAUAAACAGUUUGAUUUUGUUGGCGAUUAUGCUUAUGAAAAUUACAUUGUUUUAAGAGGUUUUUUGGAGUCAUUCCUGAUGAAGUUGGGUUUACCAUACACUAAAUAAACAUUUUAUGCUAAAGCCAA